GUUGCCAUGACAACUCAAACAGUGUUGUCAUCGAUAUUUCUGUAAGUGAAGCCCACAGCAGCACGUUUCUGGUUUUUAGUGUAUAGUUUUAUUAUCUUCCACAGAGAACACACAAUGAUUCCACCUGCAGAGUCCCUCCUGAAAUACGACAAUCCAGCUUUGGUCAGCAAAAGCACCGACAGGAAAUCUCCAAAGGGACGGCCUUUGAAAGUGAGCCCUCAGCAGCCUGCGAACACUAACCCUGUUCCACCCCCUCCUAAGCCAAAAUCCGCAAGUAAUGAUGCCCCCAAGCAGGAAAAUGAGGAGAUCCUGAACAGCAUCCUUCCACCCAGGGAAUGGCUGGAGGGAAACCAACUGUGGGUGCAGCAAGUGUCUAGUGCACCGUGUACCAGAGCAGACGUUAUUCGCCUGGAGGAACUGCUGGACAUAAAGCUGCAGCAGAGGCAGGCCAGAGAAACAGGAAUCUGUCCUGUCCGCAGGGAGCUCUACUCCCAGUGUUUUGAUGAGCUGAUCAGACAGGUGACCAUCAAUUGUGCUGAGAGGGGUUUGUUGCUGCUGAGGGUCAGAGAUGAGAUUCAAAUGACCAUUGCUGCCUACCAGACACUGUACGAGAGCAGCGUGGCUUUUGGAAUGAGGAAAGCACUGCAGGCUGAGCAGGGCAAGGCUGACAUGGAGAAAAGUAUCUCUGAUCUGGAGGAGGAAAAACAAGAGCUGAAGAAGCAACUGAACGAACAGAAAACUAAAUGUGAAACUAUUGAAAAGAGAGAAAACGAAAAACGACAGGUGGAUGAAAAGAAGCACACUGAAGAGAUUCAGUUCCUGAAGAGAACCAACCAGCAGCUCAAGAACCAACUGGAAGGGAUCAUUACAUCAAAGAAGUAACUUCGCCAAACAAGAAUCGGGUCUACAUUUCCCAGCACAGAAUGUUACAUUUGUCCUUUUUCCUGAAUGAUAAAUUAAUAUAAACAGAUUGUAAUUAACAAGUAUUUUAUUUCAGCAUGGCAAGUACAGUUCACAAAAACUGUACAUUUCUCUUGAACAUCAAGAGAGCAUUACACCUGUAAAUGAUGAAUGAAAUGUCAUUCAAAAAACAGUCCUGUGUUGGAGGGGAAAGUUAAGUUGAAAAAGGCAAGAUACAAACAGUACAUUUCCAAGAGAGACGGUCAAGGUCAAGAUAAGGCUUCAAGUGGCCACUUGAUAAAGACCAUUUAUCACUUAGUCAGCAAUCCACCUUCCAUCAGCUUUACACUAGCGAUAAAAAAAACUUUGCCUUUUUGGCAAGUUUAAAUAAAGAUUUAUUUCAAAUGUUG